AUGGCAAGUGCUACAGGUGUCCCGGAGCGAUUCCCUCCCAUCGAGGAUUUGCCAGCCAGAGAAACCGAGCCUCUCCUUGGUCGACCUGGCGAUGCUGCGCAAGAAGAUGGGGUCCCCUUGAUCAAGAAUCUUGUUCUCGGUACUGGAAUAGUAGCUCAGCUGGGCGUGGUCCUACUCACUAUUCUGAUCUGGGCAAGCGUCCUCUCUAAGCCUUUGAUCCUCUUCUCAGCCCAUCCACUUCUUCAAUCUCUCGCGGUUCUCACCCUCGCUCAGUCUGUUCUAAGUCUACAGCCGACCCAUACGGCAGAGCAGAAGCGUGUCGGCCAGCGCGUACAUGCCAGUCUCAACCUCGUGGCCUUUUUGAUUCUUGUUGCUGGCGUGACCAUCAUCGAGUAUAACAAGAUUGCAAACAACGGUCCCCACUUUCACUCUGUCCAUGGCUAUCUCGGUGUCAUCACUUCUAUCGUUCUUCUUCUCCAAUACGGUGUCGGUUUUACCAUGUGGGCUACUCCAGCCCUAUAUGGCGGCGUGGACAAUGCCAAGGCUGUCUGGAAGUAUCAUCGCUGGAGUGGAUAUAUCAUUUUUGUCCUGCUCUUGGCUACCGUCGUUAGUGCUGUCGAGACAGACUACAAUCACAACGUGCUCAAGAUCAAGCUGUGGGCUGUGCUAUUGCUGGCUAUUGUCACUUUGGUGGGUGUUGUGCCUCGGAUUCAGAAGCAAAAGCUCGGCUUCCCAGGUCCUGGCUCGACUUGA